AUGGCUUUACUACUACCCGGUGAAACAUGGGACGAGGCAGAGCUACGUCUUGGGUUCCGACUAGAACGGGCGCCUCCAAAAAUGCACAAUGCAACUCAACAAGAAAUGACUGCUCGUGGAAAGGCGUGGUUGGCAUCAGAACCACUCUGGUCUGCGGAAAGUAGAAUGGGUCCUGAGCCCUCAUGGACCGGGGUGAAAAUCAUGGGCGAAGGCGGCAAUGGGACAGCGGGAAAAUGGAGAUUGACAUAUCGCCAACCUCCGGAGGGCACGCCGGGAAGAAUGCCAUUCGAAAGUAUAGUUGUGAAACAGCAAGGUGGGGGCUGGGGAGAUUUGAGGGAGGAAUCGGAAAUAUACGAGCUGCUGCGUCAUACGAACUCUCAACAUCUGGUGAAGAUGUUUCGGAGAAUAUAUGAGGAUCGAGGUCUCAAUACAGUGUAUGCGGAUAGAAAAGGUCCUGUACACAGGAUAUAUUUGGAAGACUGUGAGAAGGGAGACCUCUCAAGUAGAAUUUUUGAGCGCUUCGUUGAUAGAUUUGUAUUUGAUGAAUACGAGAUAUGGGAUACCUUUCAUUGUAUAGCCCGCGGCUUAUACGCUAUGCAUUGUGGACACGAGGAUCUUAAGGAAGACCGAUGGGAUCGGGAUGAGAUAGUUCAUUUUGAUUUCAAAGCUCAAAAUGUCUUCAUGGGCGCUGGUCCCAGAGAUGAUGAACAUAGAGGAGCAUUGAUAAUGAAGAUUGGGGAUUAUGGGCAUAGCAAGGAGGUGCCCCUUGAGCAAGACCUACUUUACAAUUUCAAACAUAGACGCCUUGGAACAGAGAGGUAUAAAUUACCUGAACAACUUAGAACUCGAGAACGUCGGUUGGAAAGACCGUGGAUGGAUCCAGUGCCUAAAUCCAUGCGCGAAGCAGGCGAUGGAAAUGUCCUCAAUAAUCUUCGCUAUGGAACUCACUCGAACAUAUGGCAACUCGGAUUGAUAAUAUGGCAAAUGAUACACACAACUGAAUGGUGCCAGGAUGGAAACCCAUCACUUGCAUAUUCGGUUGAUGCCAAUGUGGAAUGGGAAGGCGAUGAGAGGUACCGACAGCCUGGUCCCCCGGGAAGAUUUACACUUAAACUUUACAAAGUAGCGAAUACCUGGCUAGGAUUAAAUGAAGAAGUGGGUGGAGUACAUACACUUGCUACACAAGACGAUAUAGAUUUCUACAGUGGAUUGUACGACGCACUGCCAUUUGAACCCGAGGCCGACAUAGAUCCAGACCAGCCUGAAGAGCAAAAAGCUAUGGCUAAGACAAAGAGAAGAAUUGAAAAUGAAGCCAGAGAAAGAGUUCGCAAGGAUCGGUUAUACAGUGACACCCUACACAAAUUAGUAAUGGAUUGUCUGAUCGUACAAGGCGAAGCUCGAAUUCAUAUUGAAGAUCUAUACCGAAAGACGCAACAACUUAAGAAAGUGUAUCAAGAAUUAGUACCUCCCUUGCUUCCAGCUCCCUAUUCCCCCGAACCCGACCUCGGAGAGCUUCCACCCCCAUGGAACGACAUCACAACUAAGCCAGGAGGAGGUCUCGGCAUACCCGUGAUUGAAGAAGAAGAAACCUACCCACUCGAUCUUUUUGAACUGUUUUAUGCGACCGUGGAGCAUGAAAAGGUAGAAGAUGUCAUAAAAUGGGCUCGAGAGAAUCCUGUUGAGACCAUGUCCGAUUAUGAGACUGUUCAUGUACGCGAGCUCGUCCUGAGAAACAGACAAUCUUUUAAUAACUACAUGUCGGAAUCAAGGAGAGCACGGGGCCAGAGAAUAAAACCACAAUACAAAGUGCCCGCUCCAUUUCCAGAAAAUUGGAAAUAUGGAGUACUCCAGGACAACUCAAGAAGAGGUGGUCCCCUUCCCAGUCCUUCUCAGCAACAACGCGGUGCGCUGAGAGUCAUGAAUCCUGAUGGAGGACCCCCACUUUCUGUAAUAAAUGAAGGUAAUGAACGGCCAACUCACAAUCAAGGCAACCCAAGGGGACCUAAAAAUUUCUCAUAUGAAGGUGACACCACGCCAAGUUAUUUGAGACACUUUGAGUCUACACCUGAACACAUGAAACCAGAGUCCCUUAGGGAAACUCCCGAAUAUAUGAGAGGGCCAACAAGACCAGCCGGGUAUGUGAGUGGAGAUUUUGGGGGUGUCGGAGAUUUUGGAGAUUUCGAAAGCAUAAGGAUUACAAGCGCAUCAGGCGAAGGACAAGACAGGCCCCGCUUUGGAAAUCAGUCUUCUAUGGAAUCUAUAGAUAUCGGAGGAGGAAUUGUAAUAGGUGGAGCAGGAAGAAGAAGAGCGUCCCGGAAAAAAUCUUCCGAAAAAGUCGUUUGGCCCGAGUUCCCCCUUGGUUUACAAGAAGAUGUCGACAAGCCCUUUCUACUCCGUGCCCUUGCGAUCCCUGAACUCAAGGAUUCGAUUUUAUUUUGCACCGUUAUUGAGUACAAGGGCAAAGAGGAAUUUCUAAAAGGCAUUAUAUAUUUGACCGGAUUAUUGACUACGACAACGAUAUAUGAGAUGAAAGAAAUGUUGACCGAGAAGGAGACAGGGAUUCCGGUAAAACAGAUGAAGUUGAUGGGAAAAGAUCAUUUAUCGGUUUUUAGGGAAUUUGAGGAUGAGGAGGAGAGAGCAGCGAUUCGUGAAAUUGAAAUUUUUGUUUACGAUUUUAGGCAGGCUGACGGGAAAGAGGGAGAUACUUAG